AUGAACGUUUUGGGGGUCUGUAAUUCAAAUCUUGACGGUAUCAUCUCAAGGAGUGGGGAGGAUUACGCUCUAAGAAAGCGGAAGAAUACCGUUGACAUCAUGAAUGAAGGAAUUGAGCAGAGUCUUAGAGAAAGUGCAGGGCAUCAGCAGGCACAUGACCAGGCAACUAAGGGGGAGCCAUCUGCGAAGGGUGCUGUUGGCAGCAACUCUGCUGCUAAGAAGAAGGCUAAAAGGGUCGAGUUCAACAAUGAUGAAGCUAUAGCGAAUGUUGUGUCUGAGCUUGGUGGUUUGAAGCAUGUUAUUGACAAGGCUGUAGAAGCUCUUGGAUCCAUACUAGGUGAUGAAGAUAAUGACAGCAGUAAGCAAGCUACACUAAUGGCUUUGAUUGGAAAAAUUGAUGGACUAACACGAUGCCAAGUCAUUGAUGCUGCAAUUGCUCUAGUGGACAAUGAAUCGAAGACAAAACUCUUUUAUGCUCUUAAGAACGAAGAGGACCGCUUCUAUUUUGUUAAGAGUCUACUAAGUUGA